AUGGAGGCGGAACUUCAAUCCCAAAUUCCAGGCCUUGACCAUGUGAUCUCAGAAUAUUCUGUGGGAUACCUGACUCACGCCUCAAAAGCUUAUGUCGAGGAUGCUAAUGCUCCUUCGCCAUUGUCAGAAGCUGCUGACAUAGUUACCGAGCUUCUGGUUUCGGCAUCUGGAGACUUUUCACCUCAGAAUGAAAAUUUCAUUCGGAGUUUGAUUGAGAAGUUCAUCUCGUUAUUGAGCGCUUCUGAUGAUGUUAAUGCUGAGCAGAGGCAGAUGCCUUUUACUGCCAAGAAGCUAGACCAGACAAUUAAUGUCGGCUCCCAGAGGAAUAUGUCCUCAACCCUAGGACUUGCUGGAGGUAACGUGGAUUUGGAAUCUGCCAACUCUAGAAAGGUAGAGUCCCGGGUAGACCGCAAGAAGCUCGAAAAAGCGGAACAGAAGAUUCGUGCCAAGCAGGAGAAGAAACAAAUGAAGACAGUGCAUUACGAAGCAUCACGUCUUUUGAAUCAACCAGAUAGCACCAUGUCCUAUGAAGAGUUUUUCAUGGCUGUCAAUCCCCUCCAACUGGGGUCGGACUCGCAAUCUAAAAGCAAGGAUAUCAAGAUUGACAGCAUCGAUAUUUCGGUCGGUGGUCACCGCAUUUUAACUGAUGCCUCUCUUACCCUGGCUUAUGGCCGUCGGUAUGGCCUUGUGGGCCAAAACGGUAUCGGAAAAAGUACUCUUUUGCGCGCGUUGAGCCGCAGAGAAGUUGCAAUUCCUAGCCACAUUUCAAUCCUCCAUGUUGAGCAAGAAAUUACGGGCGAUGAUACACCUGCCCUCCAAGCAGUGUUGGAUGCCGAUGUGUGGCGCAAACGUCUUCUAGUGGAGCAGGACAAAAUCUCCACACAACUGGCUGCUAUUGAGGCUGAAAGAUCUUCGAUGGCAGAUACUUCGAAAGAUGCGGCCAGGCUCGAUCAUGAGAGGGAGGGCCUUGAUAUCACAUUGAACGAUAUCCAUGCAAAACUUACAGAGAUGGAGUCAGACAAAGCCGAGUCUCGUGCAGCAAGUAUAUUGGCGGGUCUUGGUUUCUCACCUGAAAGGCAGAAGUUUGCAACAAGAACUUUCUCCGGUGGUUGGCGAAUGAGAUUAGCCCUGGCAAGAGCCCUAUUCUGUGAACCAGACUUACUUCUGCUAGAUGAACCCUCGAACAUGUUGGACGUUCCGUCUAUCACAUUCUUGUCUAAUUAUCUCCAGACUUAUCCCAGUACUGUGUUGGUGGUUUCGCACGAUCGAGCUUUUUUGAACGAGGUUGCCACAGAUAUUAUGCACCAACACUCUGAGAGACUUGACUAUUAUAAGGGUGCUAAUUUUGAUUCCUUUUAUGCAACCAAAGAGGAGCGUAAAAAGAAUGCUAAGCCGUUUAUUGAUAAGUUUCGGUAUAAUGCAGCCAAGUCAUCCGAGGCACAGUCAAGGAUUAAAAAGUUGGAGAAAAUGCCCGUUUUGGAGCCCCCAGAGAGCGAUUAUGUUGUGCAUUUUAAAUUUCCCGAUGUCGAGAAACUGUCUCCUCCAAUUGUGCAGAUGUCAGAAGUCGCCUUUGGCUAUACCAAAGAUCGCCCUCUGCUUAAAAAUGUUGACCUUGACGUUCAACUUGAUUCGCGCAUAGGGAUUGUUGGUCCAAAUGGCGCUGGUAAAACAACCGUUUUGAAACUGCUAACUGGUCAGCUUCAGCCAUCCUCUGGGUUUAUCUCGCAACAUGCUAGGCUGCGAGUUGGGUUCUUUGCUCAACAUCAUGUGGAUGCAUUGGAUCUUACUACCAGUGCCGUGAGCUUCAUGGCAAAGACAUACCCUGGAAAGACGGAUGAAGAAUAUCGCAGGCACCUAGGAGCGUUUGGUAUUACUGGUAUGACGGGCCUCCAGCGGAUGGAACUCUUGUCCGGAGGUCAAAAGUCUCGUGUCGCUUUUGCCUGCUUAUCGUUGACAAACCCACAUAUUCUUGUUCUCGAUGAACCGUCCAACCAUCUUGACAUCGAAGGUAUGGAUGCGUUGUCUGAAGCACUACAGAAUUUCGAAGGAGGUGUCGUGAUGGUAUCACAUGAUGUUACGAUGCUGCAGAAUGUCUGUACCCACCUCUGGGUCUGUGACAAGGGUACAGUGCAUAAAUUUGAUGGCACUGUUAAUGCCUAUAAGAAGAUGAUUAGUGCACAAGCAAAUGAGGCUGGAGUUGCUGUGGCUCACUAG